UUUCCUAGGUGUCAAUUAAACGCAGACUAGAAAAGUAAAACUACAAAUCGAUCGCAACUCUUCUUUUAAAUUUCUUCAGAAAUCUGUGUGUGCAGAGAAACUGAGAAUCGAGGCAUUGAAAACAGAAGAAAAACGCUUCAACAUGGUUUGCUUGGCAUGUUUGUUACCGCUCUUCCUUGUUCCCAUCGUGAACGUCUUGCCCCUUUUAUUCGAUUUUUUUAUGGGCAAAUUGUAUAAGCUUUUUGGUUGGGAGUACAGGAAGCCGGAAAGGGCUCCACCUGCUUGUCCAUUCAAACCUGCUGCGGCCAAGGCCACCAAAGUGGGAGAAGAACUCGGAACACCUCCUCUUAACCAGACAGUGGGAACAGAGUCAACAGAUGAUAAGAAGCAUGAUUGAGAAUGCAACUCCAAUCAUCACAAUGAUACAUAGUUUAUGCCUUUCAAUGCUUCCAUGACUGUUCACCUUAGAGUGUAACAGUUCAGAUACAAGAGAGCUUUGAGACUACUAUAUGAUAAGAUUUAAUUUUAUGUUUCUGGUGAUUUUGGUCA